AUGAAGGAACUAGAUGAUGAAUUCGCAACUAUAAAACGCUCAAGCAUCAAGGUAGAUCCGGAUAAAAUUAUUAAAGAUGGAUUAGAAGAUCAUUCUCAGCUUCAUGCGCUUAAGAAGAUCAGACUCUUUACCAAGGAAAUGCAUACGGUACAUAGGACGGAUGAUAAUGAGUUAACAGCAAAACAGAAAUACGUUUUAGAUCAUUUGCCCCUUCAAGUUCCUCGUAGGAAUAGUGUUCAAAAAGUCGAGGACAAGCCAGUUGAAGUUAAGAAGGUUGUUGGGCCGUCUGCAACCUUUGAAGCUUUUAAGAUACAUUUAUUAAGGAAAUUGAAUAACACGUUACCCCAAUCGGAAUUCAAGCUGCCAUCUUUUAUCGAGGCAGCGUCAGCAGAAGUAGAACGUAUAUUGAAGCAAGCUAUUAUACAAAAGGAAAGUCAUUCCGCUAUACUAGUUUCUCCGAGGUCAUUCUAUAAAACGUCUACAAUCAAUUUUCAUUUGGAUUCCCUUUCAAAGGAGCACGGUCAGCAGUUUAUCGUAGUUAAGUUGAAUGGAUUCAUUCACACAGAAAAUGCUGCUAUUAAUAGCAUUGCCACACAGCUUGAAAAUGAGUUGAGACGAGUUAGAAACGAUAACCCGUGCGCGGAAAUCCAAUUAAGCCGGGGUUCUCUCACAGAAGUAUUUGAAAAUGUACUAAAGCUUCUGAACACGGUUGCUGUUCAGAUGGGUCGAUCUCAGACUACUAGUUUACCAAGAUCCGAAAAGUUGACGGUAGUUUUUAUUUUUGAUGAAAUUGAUCAAUUCGCGGGGCCUGUAAGACAAACCUUACUAUACAAUCUUUUCGACAUGGUAGAACAUGCACGGGUGCCAGUUUGUAUUCUUGGCUGCACAACGAAAUUAAAUAUACUCGAAUAUCUCGAAAAAAGAGUUAAGAGUAGGUUUUCUCAAAAAAUAAUAUACGUGCCUCAGAUUACCAAUUUACAAGAGUUUGAAAAUGAAUUUUCUAGCUUGCUAGUUGUAGAACAAAAAAAUGAUAUUGCAAAUUUGUGGAACAAUAAGAUCAAAGAGUUGUUUAACGAUAAGGAAAGCACAUUGAAUAAGAUCACAAAAACUAAUUAUGAGACCUUCCGUGAUAUAACCGUAUUAAAGAACGCUGCACUGGUAAUGGUAUCAAAAUGCAAAUCUCUGGAGGAGUUACUAAAGGAGAUUGAUGAUUGCGCUAGCAUGAAGUCAUACAAUAAAAUGCAACUCUCAAAUAACCUCGUUAAUAAAGUCAAAUCUCUAAGUGAUUUGGAAUUAGCCAUUUUACUCUCAGCCUCCCGCAUUGCCCUUAAAAAUGAAGAAAACGUAAAUUUCAACCUAACAUACGAAGAAUACAGUAAAUUAGUUAGAGGACUUAAUUCUAGGAUGUUGAACUCUUCCACGGCUACCAACACAGGCAUAUGCAUCGAGAAUACUAUCAGAAUUUGGAAAAAAAAGGAUAUAAAGAAUAUCUGGGAAACUUUAAUAGAAUUGGAACUAUUAGUUGAACGAGGCAUUAUAGCUAUCCGUCAAUCUGCACAAGCUGCGUUUCAAGCGACAAACCAUUACAGUGCAAAUGGCGUUAUACCCUACGAUCUGAAGAUGUUCCAAGUUCCGAUCACGCUUCAUGAAUUAAGGCGGACAGUUCCUAAAUCAUCAUUGUUUUACAAUUGGACACAAUUAUAG